AUGAAUAAGGUGAAGAAGCCUUUUGAGAUUGCAGGUAGAAGCUUAAUCGACUUGGUCUUCUCUUGGUCUCUUAGGAAUGUUCUCGACAGAGAUCUUCACAAACACCAGAUGACCAAAAUUCCAGAGACAUUUUCGACAGUGGCGAGUUACAUGAAGUCAUUCAUUCCUUCACUUAUUGAGGAAACACAUGCUGAUUUACUCUCAAACGUUUCGGCAAUUUCGCAGGCACCUAUUUGUGAGAUUCUAACUGUCGAAACUUCUAAGCACCAUAGGCCUCCCAAAGACUUGUUUUAUGAAAUUAAAGUUAGGAAGACGAUUGCGGCCGAAAGUAAUGCAGGAAAAUAUGAGCCAGCGGUUGGAGAUAUCUUUGUCUUGACAAAUAUUAUACCAAAAUGCAUUGAUGAUUUGAACAGGCCUACAAAUUUCUAUCUUAUUGCAUAUGUUCUCGGAUCAAAAGAUGACAGCUCAGACAAGCUCCCAAUACUCUCAUCAAAGCCUAUCAGUGGAGAAGGAUACAAGCAAAUAAUAAAGAGCAAGAGAGAAACACUGUUUGCUGUCUAUUUGAUGAACAUGAGCACAAAUGUUCAUGUAUGGAAAGCAUUGAACUCAGAAGAGACAAACACCAAUAUCAUUAAGAAUGUGCUGCAAGUGCAACCCAAUUCAUCAGAUGGGGAGAAUUCUUGCACAACCUGUUUUUCCAAAGACAUGUGCUCCCCUGACCUUUCUACAAAAUGGCCCACAAUGUGCUCUGAUCUAAAUGAUUCCCAAAAGGCUGCAGUUUUAAACUGUAUCAGUUUGAGUAAGUGUCAUCACCAUAAUGCUGUAAAACUAAUAUGGGGUCCUCCUGGAACUGGAAAAACCAAGACAAUCGGUACGACACUCUUUGUCCUCCUUAAGUUGAAGUGCAGAACACUAACAUGUGCGCCAACCAAUAUUGCCGUGUUAGAAGUUACGGCACGACUCUUGAGGUUGGUUAAUCAGACUCCUGAAUAUGGAAAGUAUGGACUAGGAGAUAUAAUUCUAUUUGGGAAUGUGGAGCGGAUGAAGAUCGAUAAUUAUAAUGACCUUUUUGAGGUAUUUCUUGAUAGUCGUAUUAGUAUUCUGUCCAAAUGUCUUGCCCCUUUGUCUGGUUGGAAACAUUGGUUAGCAUCCAUGAUACGUUUACUUAAGGAUCCAGAGAAACUCUAUUCCUUGUAUUUAGAGGAAAAGAGGGAACAGCACAAAAAGAAUGAUGAGGACGAUGAAGAAACUGAUAAUAGCGGCCCAACAAGUGACAAUGAGAGUUAUCUUUUGACGUUUGAGGAGUUUGUGAAGAAAAAAUUUGAUUACUUUAGCGAGCAUCUGAAAACUUGUAUGGUAAACUUGUACACCCACUUGCCAACAUCUUGCAUUUCACUAGAGGUGGUAAGGGACAUGAUUAUAGUUUCGGAUUUGCUUCAGUUGAUUAAAUCUAUAUUGCAUCGGGACGGUGUUGCUAAUGAAAGCUCUGCACAAUUGCACACUGAAGGAAUGGCACCUCUGGAAAUGUUAGUGAUUGACGAAGCAGCUCAGCUGAAAGAAUGUGAGUCAGCAAUUCCUUUACAACUACCUGGUCUUCGCCAUGCUAUUCUCAUAGGAGAUGAGAGGCAACUCCCUGCUAUGGUUAAAAGCAAGCUCUCUGAGAAUGCUGAAUUUGGAAGAAGUUUGUUCGAAAGACUUGUACUGCGAGGCCACAAGAAGCUCCUUCUUAAUGUCCAGUAUAGGAUGCAUCCAUCAAUCAGCAGGUUUCCGAAACAGGAGUUCUACAACAAUCAGAUAUUAGAUGGUCCAAAUGUCAGUGAAGUAAUCUAUGAGAAGUCCUUCAUUGAGGGCAGAAUGUACGGGCCAUACUCCUUUAUAAAUGUAGCCAAUGGAAAAGAAGAAUUUGAUCUCGGGCAUAGUCUGAAAAACAUGGUUGAGGUUGCUGUUGUAUAUGAGAUAGUUUCAAGCCUUUACAAAGAAUUUACUCGAACAAAAAAGAAGGUUAGUGUUGGGGUAAUAUCACCUUACAAAGCUCAAGUUAAUGCAAUUCAAUUGAGACUCAGAAACUACAGUGAAGUUUCUGGCAAAGAUUUCUCUGUAAGUGUGCGAUCUGUUGAUGGAUUCCAAGGUGGUGAAGAGGAUGUGAUAAUUAUCUCCACUGUCAGAUGUAAUGGGAAUGGAUCUAUAGGUUUCCUCUCCAAUCGUCAGCGAGCAAAUGUGGUUCUAACUCGUGCCAGGCAUUGCCUUUGGAUAUUGGGGAAUGAAGCGACUUUGACUAACAGUAACUCACUUUGGAAGAAUCUAAUUCUUGAUGCGAAGAAACGCGAUUGUUUCUAUAAUGCUGAUGAGGACAAUAACUUAGCUCAGGCUAUUGCAGCAGCCCUUCUAGAGCAUAACCAACUACAUACUCUGCUUGAUGCUGAUUCUCUGCUGUUCAAAAAUGCAAAAUGGAAGGUUUGGUUUGCCAACGAAUUUAGGAAUUCAAUAGAAGAAAUUAAAGACACCGAGAUUCGACAGGACGUAAUUUCUUUAAUAAAAAAGCUUUCUAAUGGUUGGCGCCAAUCUCAGAAUGAUAAAGUGAUUAUAGGCCAUGGUGGGACUUCUGCUGAAUUGCUAGAGACGUAUGAAGUCAAUGAGUUGCUGUAUCUCAUUUGGAGCGUAGAAAUUCACAAGCAGAACUCAGAUUUUGUCCAGGUUAUGAAGAUUUGGGACAUUGUCCCACUUUCUGAUAUUCCUAAACUUACAGAGCGCCUUGACAUCAUCUUUGGGAAUUACACUGUCGAUAAGAUGAACCGUUGCAAACACAGAUGUUUUGAUGGGGUCAAUGUUGUUCCAAAUAGAUGGCCAGCAGAUUCGAGCAGCUGCGACGAAGCUGAUCCAACGAACGAGUGGAACCAAGGGCACCGGAUCGAGGCCAAGAUGAAUGAGUGGAACCAAGGGCACCGGAUCGAGGCCAAGAUGACUUUGGUAAAUGCUAACAAUUUUGAACUUUAA